UGAAGCUUCCUAGAUUCUUACCAAACCUCAUUAUUAUUAACAGUUAUUCUUUCUUUUCUUUUCUUUUUUCCAUGUUCGCUUAACAGAACAUGAAAAACCUGGGAUUCUUGGGUUCAUGUUCAACAUGCACCAUUACCGUGUUCAUUUGCAUAUUGAUGUGUUCCAAUGUUGUAGUACAUGCAGAAGGCUUUCACUUUGACUCACGGUUACUGCUUCCACGAUCUGGGUCAGCAAGAACCAGACCCAGCGCUAAACGGGUUCUUUCUGUUCAUGAUUUCGGUGCCAAAGGAGAUGCUCACCAUAAUGACACCAAAGCCUUUCAAAAUGCCUGGAAGAUGGCAUGUUCUUUCCCAGCACGAACAAGAAUUUUAAUACCGGCUGGAUACACUUAUCUGAUUCAUCCUGUUGAGCUUGGCGGGCCUUGUGAAUCAAAGGUCACUUUGAUGAUCUCCGGUACAAUUGUUGCUCCCGAAGAUCCUGAUGUGUGGGAUGGUUUGAAUCCUCGCAAGUGGCUGUACUUCCAUGGGGUGAACCACCUCCAUGUAGAUGGGGGAGGGACUAUCAAUGGGAUGGGACAGGAAUGGUGGGCUAGAUCAUGCAAAAGAAAGAAAACAAAUCCAUGUCGGCAUGCUCCAACUGCUUUGACUUUCCAUAAGUGCAAGAAUCUGAAAGUUCACAAUCUUAUGGUUGUCAACAGUCAACAGAUGCACAUAGCAUUUACUAAUUGUCUAAGGGUUACAGUAUCCAAUCUUAAAGUGAUAGCACCUGCUGCUAGCCCCAAUACUGAUGGCAUCCACAUCAGUGCAUCCCGUGGUGUUGAAGUGAAGAAUAGCAUUGUCAGAACAGGAGAUGAUUGCGUUUCAAUAGUCAGCAAUUCUUCCCGUGUCAAAAUCAGAAACAUUGUCUGUGGGCCUGGCCAUGGUAUAAGCAUUGGAAGCUUGGGAAAAUCAAACUCGUGGGCACAGGUGCAUGAUGUACUUGUUGAUGGAGCUUUCAUUUCCAACACUGAGAAUGGGGUGCGGAUCAAAACAUGGCAGGGAGGUAGUGGUUAUGCUGCCAAUAUUAAGUUCCAGAAUGUAUUGAUGGAGAAUGUAUCAUACCCAAUUAUAAUUGAUCAAUAUUACUGUGAUUCUACACAGCCAUGUGCUAACCAGACACUGGCUGUUAAAGUGGACAACAUAUCCUUCGCCCACAUUAAGGGAACUUCAGCUACAGAGGAAACAAUACGAUUUGCUUGCAGUGAUAGCCUGCCGUGUGAAGGAUUAUAUUUGGAAGAUAUUCAACUUGUGUCAUACACUGGGGGCAUUGCUAAAUCUUUUUGUUGGGAAGCUUAUGGCUCAAGUUUAGGUCUACUGCAGCCCAAUUCGUGCCUAACAUGCACUGACGGCUUCAUUAAGCAGAAAGUUCCUUCUGGCUUGGCUGUUGAUUCCUUAUGAGUGGAUCGUAAUACUUUUUUUCAACCACAUUUGAGUCAGCAACGAGAAAAUCUCUGGAGCUCUACUGUGGAUGUUCAACAAGUUUCUCUUGACAACCCACUGAUAGAAAAGAGAGCUCAUCAGAAACUACUGCUACCGCAAUGGAGAAGAAUAAUGCAGGGUCAUACAAAAAAAAAGCAUUUACCGGCAAGAAAAAGCAUAAUCAUAGUCCCUUAAGAUCUUGCAAAAUACUCUUUCCCUCUUCUAAGUCAUUUAUGUGGAGAGCACCAUAGAGAAGUUGGUAAUUGUGCUGCCUCACUAGGGUGAUUGUAUAUUUUAUCUAUUAUCACACCAAGUGUGAAAAUUGUUGUAUAAUAGUUUCUGAACUUUGGAAGGUGUAUUAACCUUCAUGUUGUAGGCAAUUAAGUGCAUCACCAAAUUAAUUGUGUAUAUAUUUAUCUGUAUUUGGUUUCAAGAAAUUGACAUUGUUUAUAGACAA